UUGAAAUUGACACUACACCAACUGAGAUUCCAGAAUUUACAAACAAGGACAGUUUAGAUCCUUUUUUAAGGACUAUAGAAAACCAAAUACCAGCCAGAAGUAGCAAAGAACAAGUCAUGUGCAAAAAAGAAAACAUUCUAUUUGCAGAGGAUAUAGAGUAUGAAGACCAAGAUCCUCCUUACACAGCAAGUUCAAAGACUGCAGAAUCUCCCAGUACAAUCAGUUAUCCUAUUACCAUUGCAAAAACAGUCUCAGACACAAAGAAGUUGUCAUUUGAUCCUGCUACCAACACAAUAAACACUUUGGACUCUCAGAAUAAAUUAGCCAAUAAUGCUAAUAUUGCAAUGAAAACUCCACACUCUACACUAAAAGAGGGGUUACGACGUGCAUCUUUACCAAGCUUCACAGGGGAAACAUCAAUGAUAAAACCUGAAAAUAAACGUCAUCUGUCAAAGUCUUUAAGUUCUCCCUCCCAUGUGGAAAAUUUAAAACAACUAGAGGCAAUCAAGUCAAUUUUAAGUAAAAGUCUGCAAAACCUUUCAGACACACUACUUGGUAAAUCAGAAAUUCGUAAGAACACUCAGGUAAUAGACAAAAGUAGUUCCGCAUUUCUGAACAUUCACAAGAAACCAUCACAUAGGUUAGAAGAUGAAGUAUUUAAAAGCUUACAAGAUUUAGAUACUUGGCUUUCAGAAAAACACAUUUUAAACUCAAAGUCCCUUUUAUAUAAUGCAAUUAAAAGCAUUUCUGCAGAUUUACAGUCAGAAGGUAAAUCAGGAAAAUCUCUAGAGGUAAAAGAACAUGACUCUGCAGAACAUUUAGAUGCUAGUGAAAUCAAGAUUCCAAUGAAAAAGAAGAGUAGUUUCAAAAGGAAACAUUUACUGUGUGAAAUACCUAGCAGUAAAUCAGGUGUACACAGUCAUGUACACGACUGUGUUAUAAAGGAAAUAUUCACUGCAUCAAUCUUCUCACAAUUGGAGGCAGGGGUGAAAGAGCUGAGUAAGACACAGAUGAAGCAGCAGGAGAGAAGUUUGUCUUCAAAGAUUCUACUUCACUCUGGAGACGAAGAUGCGGAGAAAGAACUGCCAUGUCCUCAUUCUGCUAUAAGCCAGAUAAUACAAACACUUCCUGUGAAUGCUGUCUUAGAAUCUGGCAUAAGCAAAGUGAUAGAACUAGGAAAAGAACACGAGAUGCAGCCCCCGCUGCAUACAGCCUCUGCAGGAGAAGAGCUGCAGGAUGGCACAGUGGACUCCUCAGGUAUCCAGAGCAAGAUAAAGCCUCCUCCAGGGCAGAAGAGACCUGUCAUUCCCCAAGCAGCUACUGCUGCUGCAAGUGGAGUUGAACCUACAGAAGGCAACCAAGAUGCUUUGCUACGAGAUUCAAAAUAUCAUUCCACACCACACAAAAAACCAUAUGGGAUCAGUAAAGAUCAGAGUCUCGAUAGAAGAGAAAAUGAUCUAAAUUCUACUUUAGAAAGUUUAAGGGACACAUUAAUGGGUACUUUUAACGAGUCUGAGGCAAUAACAUUAACAUCCCUUUCAAAGAGCAUUUUUAAUGUUUUUUUCAAACCCAAUCAGUCUGAAAGAAGACGGCAACCAGGAGAAGAAUUAGAAACACUAAUUCUGCAUUCUUAUCCAAGUGAUACAGAAUAUCUUGAAAAAAUCCGAGGAAACUUUAAUAAAGCAGGCAGAAAACCUUUUUUGAGUCGAAAACUGCAUAGAUUUCUAGAAAACCUCUCAGAAUCAGAAAUAAAAGAUUUAAAAUUUGAAUUAAGUAAACAUAUACAACAUUAUCUUAUAGAAAAGCUUGCAGAAUCAGGACAUAUCCCCAAGGAAGAUUUACCAAAAAUCUACCAAAAUCUCUAUUUGAUGCAUGAGAACACAAAAUUGAAAGGGCAAAAUAUUUUUCAGGACAAAUAUUCAGAAACUGUAAAAGAAAUUGUGAGUUUUAUAAAUAAUUUAAAAAUUAAUUUUAUAGAUAAAAAUUUAGGAAUAAAACUAAGAUCUUUUUUAAAUGAAAUUCUCCAAAACUAUUUGCUUAAGGACUAUUCAGAGAGCAGUUUACUUACUGAGACAGAAUCUGCACCAACAACACAUUCAACAAUAUCUUCCCCAAGAGCUAAUAGUACCUCCAGAUCUUUUUCUGAGUUAGGACAAGAUAUUUCAACAGAGAAUUUUGACCGAAGGCUUGAAGUAAGCAUGAAAUAUCCUUUAGACAAAUCUCUACAAAAUUAUCUUACAACUUUAACGGAAACUGAACUAUUAACUCUAAAACAGAAUUUAAGCAGGCAGCUCCAGAGCAUUUUUAUAGAAAAACUUUUAAAAUCAGGAUUAUUGACAAAGAAGCAAUUAAAAGAGAUCAUCCAAAGUACAAAUUUACUUAAUUCCAGUUCAGGCUCAUCAAAAUAUAUAAAAACAGAUUUACCUUUUAGAGGUGAAAGUGGCUUUAUAGAGGAGAAUUUAGAAAAGCAAAAUAAAUGUUUGAAAACCAGUCAAAGCACAACUGCACAAAAUAUCACUGAGGAUGAACAUAUACAAACAGAAUUUAUCAGGAAGGAAGAAAAGGAAUAUUCUUCCUCACAUAAUUUAAAAGAAAAGACAUCAACAGUUUGGCAACAGAAAAAUGACUACUCUAGAGAAGGAUCUAAAGCACUAAGUUUAACAAAAACACAACUUAAUCCCAACACCAUCCAGGCACUUCCACUAAAUAUAUUAUCAGAAAGACUUACAAAUGUAUUGCUUAAGAAACACAAGAAGGAAUAUGGUUUCAGGCAGCCUCCUCGAGCAGAAAUCUCUAUGUACAGAACAGAGACUCAAGACUCGUAUAGAAGGGAUGGUAAAUCAGAAGCAAUUUUAUCAAAAGUUUGCUUUAAAACAACACUGAAAGCAAAUCCUGUUGAGACAAGGGAGCAUAUUAACACUUGCACAUUGACUCUUCAAAAACACCCUGAAGCAAUAUUGUCAAGAAUUCCUUAUUGUCAUAUGCCGAGGGACAGUGAAGAUCACUUAAAUAGCUCUGCUUUCCCUUUAGAACAGGCUCACACUUCAACUCAUCUCAAUUUUGAGACUAAGGAACAAGCAACAUUUGACCAGUAUAUUCAGAGAUUGAGAGAAAAUAAUAACAACAACAAAAAGCACCUAAUAACAUUUGGGCAUUACAAAAAAGCCAUACAAACUCUGUGUAUGAGCCAAGAUGAAAUUUGUGAUGAGUGUGUCCAGCUCCCUGAGUCACAAUCAUUCAAAUAUAAAGGAUACGAGGAAACCUCCAAUUCAUUCUUCUUCUCAGAGUUGCUAAAGAGAGAAAAUAUCAAACCCAAGGUUCAAAAAGAGAGAAAAUGUGGCAGUAAAUCUAAAAAGUCAUCUAACAACAUUGGUAGGCUAUUACCAAACACACUGCCCAGCACCGCCAUCCAUGUAAGGAAGCCUGCUCCAAAGACUCUGCUUCAUUGGACUGCAAGAACAACCAUACAUGAUUGCUUGGAUAAGUACGAGGAUUUUUAUGGCACCCCACCUAAGCAAUCUACAAAAACAAAAUUAAAAACAAGACUUGUGAGAAAAAAUUCAGAGUGUAGCCAUCAUCAGGGAAAACCUGCUGCAAGGCCGUACACUGCCCCGGAGCCUAACAAACAAGAGAGUUACACUGGAAAAUUUCCAAAUCCACGAAUGGUUUCAGCAGGCUUAAUUCACAUAAAUGAUACAACUCUAGACCAUACCAUGUGUAACAUGCGGCCUCCCAAAAUUAAAAGAAAAUUUUGA